CGUUUGGCGCUGUCGCCGGCAGUGGUGAGAAUUGGAACUAAAAUUUGUCAACAUAAAAAUAGCGUGCAAUUUUGGUGGCUCAAGAGCUUCUUUAAUUAGACUUUUCAGCCGCAUUCGGCCAUCUAGACCUGAAUCAACCCUUUGGACCUUUAAAUAAAAAGGAUGGCUACUACAGAAGUGUUGGUCGACGCUCUGCCGUACAUUGACCAGGGCUACGACGAGCCGGGAAUCAGGGAGGCCGCCCUGGCGAUGGUUGAGGAGGAGAACAAAAGGUACCGACCGACCAAGAACUACCUCGAGCACCUUCCGCAGCUCAACCUGAGCUCCUUUGAGACUGACAUCAUGAAAAAGGAAUAUGAGCGAUUGUCCCAAAAGCAGCCGAUGGACCUGUUGAGCAUGAAGAGGUACGAAUUGCCGCCGCCGCCUGCGGGCAAACUGACGGACAUCUCUGCUUGGAGCGAGUGCGUGGACAACUCGAUGGCCCAGCUCGAGCACCAGGCGACGCGCAUCUGCAAUUUGGAGCUGAUGCUGGAGCACAGUUGCGAGUCGUGGAAGAGCUAUCUGGAGGUGCUGAUACAGUUGGUCCUGAGUGCCCAGAAGCAGCUGCAGGCCCUGCGGAAGUCCAUCCAGGAGGUCAACUGGCAGCGCAAGAACGAGCAGCUGCAGGCCGGAGACAACCUCAAGGCCCUCGAGACCAAGUGGGUCGGGCUCGUGUCCAAGAAUUACGAAAUCGAGCAGGCCUGUGCCUUGCUUGAAAACACGCUUCGGGCUGAAGGCGUCAUUCUUGAAGUUCCGUAGAAUUUUGACAUACAAAAUGUGACUUUUCGGUGCAGUGAGAUGGACAUUCAAAUUCUAAGUUUUUAAUUCAGCAUUUAAAUUAUAAUAAUAAAUAAUUACAAAAAUACAAAAUGAAGUAAAUUUGAA